AUGGGGAAUGAGGCCAGUUUCCCUGAUGAUAUAUGCCACCCUUUUAGCCAACAGGAAAUUAAAAGGCUGAGCAGGAGCUUCAAGAAGUUAGAUUUGGACAGCUCAGGGUCUCUGAGCGUGAAGGAGUUUAUGGCCAUGCCUGAGCUGAAGAAUAACCCGUUGGUGAAGCGCGUGAUUGACCUUUUCGACGUGGAUGGCAAUGGCGAAGUGGACUUCCAGGAGUUCAUCCAGGGGACCUCCCAAUUCUGUGUGAAGGGCGACGAAGAGAGGAAGUUGAGGUUUGCUUUCAGCAUCUACGACUUGGAUAAAGACGGCUACAUCUCCAACGGGGAGCUCUUCCAAGUUCUGAAGCUGAUGGUGGGAAACAACCUGAAAAGUUGGCAGCUACAGCAGCUCGUAGACAAAACCAUCAUCAUCUUGGAUCAUGAUGGAGAUGGGAAAAUAUCCUUUGAAGAAUUCAGCACUGUGGUUCGGGAGCUGGAGAUCCAUAAGAAGUUGGUGAUAGUCCUGUGA